AAAAAUGGGAUCUGAUUUGGAUGUGAUGGACCGACAUGAUGUGAUGGACAGAGUGCCAUAUGCUCACCCUUUGGCACUGGGUUUGUCUUUAAACUACCCGUACUCUCCCUUCAAAGACGCACAAAAUAAAACACAGAAACACCAAGACCGCUUGAACAGUCAACGCUACAUUGAAUGCGUUUCCUACCUGUCCUACCACGGGAACUUCGGCGCUCUGGAGCCGGCGUUCAUCAACAAGCGCAACGAGAGAGAGCGGCAGCGGGUCCGGUGCGUCAACCAGGGGUACGCCAGACUCCGGCAACAUUUACCUCAGGACUUCGAGGAUAAAAGACUGAGCAAGGUAGAGACACUGCGGGCCGCCAUAGGCUACAUUAAACACCUGCAGGACCUUCUGGACCUCAGAGGAGGUCACUGAGAGACUGGACUGAUCUGAAGUAACGUAUGCUUGUUAUUCAUUUCCUCACCUUAAACCUGCCAGCUCUCGCUUGGGGUUAACGUUACGGUACACGUUGGUGUUUACUGGAAGACUGUCUUGAAAUGUAAUGUAGUGUUUAAAUUCUCACUACUAGCUUAACUAGUGGCUUAAUUGAACGUUUCUUAUUGAAA